GAAGACUGGAGAAGAGGAGGAAAGAGAAAUACUGCAGUGACCAACCAGCUGCUCUCUCUCUCGCUGCUCCACUGCUUUCAUCCUCUAUUUUUUUCAUUAUUUAGCCCCCCCCCUCCCCGCCAAUUAUAUCAUGAACCUGCCUGCUGCUUGUUGCUAAGGACAGUAAAACAGGGAGCAGUGGACAAGGAAUUAUUUUGUUGCUAAGCCUCCUGAGCCUAGGACACAGCAGUCAUGGAGGAGGGAUCCAGAGACCAGGGACAACAAGGUGUGGGGACAACAGAUCCUGAGGAGGACUCUCCCAACAUGAUCGUCUACAGAAAGAUUGAAGACAUCAAUAUGCGGAUACAGGAUGAGAAGGCAGGAGGGGUGGCCAUCCGAACUGUCAAGAGCUUCCUGUCCAAGAUCCCCAGUGUGGUAUCAGGAGCAGACAUUGUGCAGUGGCUGAUGAAAAACCUCUCCAUUGAGGACUCAGCUGAAGCCAUCCAUUUAGGGAGCCAGAUCGCUGCCCUUGGCUACCUCUUCCCCAUCUCCGACCACGUCCUCACUCUCAAAGAUGAUGGGACCUUGUACCGCUUCCAGGCUCCAUUCUUCUGGCCCUCUAAUUGUUGGGAACCUGAAAACACAGACUAUGCUAUUUACCUGUGCAAGCGCACCAUGCAGAACAAGGCCAGGCUGGAGCUAGCUGACUACGAGGCUGAGAACCUGGCUCGACUGCAGAGGGCCUUCGCCAGGAAGUGGGAGUUCAUCUUCAUGCAAGCUGAGGCGCAGGUCAAGAUCGACAGGAAGAAGGACAAGGCUGAGAGGAAGAUCCUGGACAGCCAAGAGAGGGCAUUCUGGGACGUCCAUCGCCCUGUGCCAGGCUGUGUAAACACCACAGAGAUGGACAUUCGCAAGUGCCAGAGAGAGAAGAAUCCACAGAGGGUGAAAAAGUCGGUGUAUGGGGUUACAGAUGACACCCAGACUCAGAGUCCAGUCCACCAGUCCAUCCUGUCCCAGCCAGCCAGGAAGCCCACCAGAGAGGACGUUCAGAAGGAGAUUUCCUUCUUGAACAUGCAGCUGGACAGACACUGUAUGAAAAUGUCCAAAGUAGCGGACAGCCUCAUGAGCUACACAGAACAGUUCAUGGUCUACGAUCCUUUAGCGUCAACUGUUGAACCAUCCAACCCCUGGAUCAGCGAUGACAUAACCUUCUGGGACCUGGAGGCUAGCCGGGACCCCAGCCAGCACCGUGUGAAGAAGUGGGGCUUCUCUCUGGAGGAGGCCCUCAAGGACCCAGCGGGACAGGACGCUUUCCUCAAGUUCCUGGAGUCGGAGUUCAGCUCAGAGAACCUCCGGUUCUGGUUGGCAGUGCAGGACUUGAAGCGGAGGCCCCUUGAGAACGUGGCAGCCAGGGCCCAGGAGAUCUGGCAGGAGUUCCUGGCAGAGGGUGCACCCAGCUCCAUCAACCUGGACUCCCACAGCUAUGAGCGCACUAGCCAUAACCUCAAAGAUCCUGGACGAUACAGCUAUGAGGAUGCACAGGAACACAUCUUCAAGUUGAUGAAAAGUGACAGCUAUGCACGCUUCCUGAGAUCCAACAUCUAUCAGGACCUCCUGCUAGCCAGAAAGAAGCUGUCGCAGACAGAGAGUGAGCAGGGCCGCCGUACCUCCCUGGAGAAGUUCACCCGCAGUGUGGGCAAGUCGUUGACGGGCAAGCGGCUGACAGGGCUGAUGCAGUCAUCCUGACACUGCCUGGGCUGGAAGGGCACAGACAGACACCCCUGGAGGCGUCAUGACAAUGCGGGGAGACGGGCGCUGCUGGGGUGGGCCGCUCUGCUCUGGAGGGUCACAGACAGCACCAUGCAGCGCUGGGAUUAGGACUACUCACAGAACCACGGACCAUGCCAGCGAAGGGGGGGGGGCCUUGACCCACUCACCACAUGGCAUGCACACAGUACAAGCACAUACAGUAGGGCUACAUACAAGCUCAAUGAGUCAUAGUGGGACAUAUACAGAUAUACAUAUAUACAGUACAGUCUGCCCACACUAGGCAGUCAGCAAUAAGGACAGCAGGAGAACACUUUUAUGUUCUGUAUUUAACAAAUAUUUUUUUUUUUAUAUAUCUUUAUCUAUUUAUCUUUAUCUAAAUCUGUAUCAUAUGUUUUCUUAUACAGUACACCGUAUAAUCCUAUUUACAUUUUACAUUUAGUUACCGAUGGAAACUUAAAACCUAUUAUUUUUGCAGUGAUUGGGAAUAUAUUUUUGUUUGCCCAUAAAUUUAAGGAAAUUCUCCAUGUUUUAUUACAUUCCAGGAGUAGGCAUAAGGGCUUGAUAGAGAAUCUACAAUUAAUCAUAGCAUGUUUCAUCAAAUUGUGUUUGUUUAGAAUUCAUGCUAUGGUUGGAUUUGUAUUUAUUGAAAGCAUGUAGUCCAAUUGAGGUCAUAGGCCUAUUUUUCAAAGGAGACCUGGCCAAGAAAGCUCUAGUAUUCAACACAGACAAUCAUACACUCAAGAGAACACCUACCAUUUGAUUAAAUCAAUAUAGAUAGCUACAGUGACGGAAAAAAAGUAUUUGAUCCCCUGCUGAUUUUGUAAG